AUGUCGGCAGGGCAGGUCCGACUGCGGGAAAUUCAGAAGGUGUACAGUGAAUGGUGCGUCCAAGCUGCGGAGAUCAUCCUGGCCGCGCGGGUGGACCAUCCGAGGCCGACUGGGACCCCGCAGCAGACGUCGGCCAGUUUUAAUUUGAAGGUGCCCGAGCUCUUCAACGUUCGAAACGAGGCGGUGGCUCGGGCCGAGUUCUUUCAACUCCGGACGCAAAGGCCCGCCUUCGAGAAGUACCGGCUUCGUCAAGACAAUACGGGGGCAGUCUUUUUCUAUCAUCAGCUAUUCGAUCGAUGA